CAGCCUCCACCCCGCGGGCAGAUCUAGAAAACCAGGAGGGUCCAUUAUCAUAACAAUGUCAACAAAAUCCUCGCUCCUUAAGGUGAUCCUGCUGGGAGACGGCGGAGUUGGGAAGAGCUCGCUCAUGAACAGAUACGUCACUAACAAGUUUGAUGCACAGCUGUUUCACACAAUAGGUGUGGAGUUCUUGAACAAAGAUUUGGAGGUGGAUGGACACUUUGUUACAAUGCAGAUAUGGGACACAGCCGGCCAAGAACGUUUUCGGAGCUUGCGGACUCCUUUCUAUAGAGGUUCUGACUGUUGCCUACUCACUUUCAGUGUGGAUGACUCUCAAAGCUUCCAGAACUUAAGCAACUGGAAGAAAGAAUUCAUUUAUUAUGCAGAUGUCAAGGAGCCUGAAAGUUUUCCAUUUGUGAUACUGGGCAACAAAGUUGAUAUUAAUGAAAGGCAAGUGUCUGCAGAAGAAGCCCAAGCCUGGUGCAGGAAUAAUGGCAACCAUCCCUAUUUUGAAACCAGUGCAAAAGAUGCUACUAAUGUUGCAGCAGCCUUUGAAGAAGCUGUUAGAAGAGUUCUGGCCUCUGAAGAUAGAUCAGAUCACUUUAUUCAAACAGAUACAGUAAACCUUCAUCGGAAACCCAAACCCAGUUCAUCUUGCUGUUGACUUUUUUUUUUUUUUUUGCCAUAUUACUUUUCACUAGCUUGCUCUAAAGAGGGUUGAAAAGGUGUGGUAGAUAAAAUAACAAAUGGGUUCCACUGUAAUAUUGAAGUUGUAAUACUCUGCUGCUUUCUUGGGGGAGCGAAGGGGAAAUGUAAGAAAAACUUCCACUCAUGAGUGACCCAAUAGUAAAUUAGUGACAUCUUUUGUUUAGGAAGGUGUCAAGUAAAAAUAUACUAAUAUAAGAAUGUAAUUUGCCAAGUUAAUCAAAUGAUAAAUACUUCGAAUAUAGUUAAAACUUGAAAGUUCUAGAAGCACUACUUUGGAGAAAUUGUUCUGGAAUUGAGAUACAAAGAAACUUUUAUAUAUAUGUGUAUAUAUAUUUUUAUGGAAUCAACGUUCCAUUUUUGUUUCACUAAAAGUUUCGUAACAAUGCUAGAUAUUAAAUUUCAGUCUCAUUAUAUUCCUUUCAAUGUGAGUUGUACUUAAUCUCUUAACUUUUUUUAAAAAUUAUAAGUUAAUAUAACCCUCUUUCAGGUAUUCUAUAAUUGCCUAACAUCAUUAGACUUUAUGUAGACUUUAAAAAAAAAAAAAAACUACAUAUUUAAUAUGUUUUCCCUUCACUUACUAUUCAAAAGCUGUACUUAUUUUUCCAGAGUUUAAUGUAAAAUAUUCAUGACUUCUAAAGUUAGUAAGUUUCUCUGCCUUAAGUCCAAUUCCAGCAUGGUUCUGAUCAAUCGGGCAAAAAUUGCAAUAACUGAAGUUGCAACAAUUUUAGUUAAGGAAAAUAUAUGCUUUAUUUGGAAAGCUUUUAAUAGCUCUUUGGGGGAUCCACGUUGUGACGAAUUUAUAAGAGGACUUCUAGUUUACGGAUAAGUUCCAAACGUCUUGGUACCGUUCACCUGAGCUAUGAAUGUGUUUAUUGGUGAUCCCUGUACUGUGAAACAAAGGCUUGGCAAUACAUAGAGAACUCAGGAAGCUUUUAACUUAGAGAAGAUUUUAGCUCUAGUGGAAGUAAAUACCUGUAAUUAACAGUUGAGCUGAACUUGAUCCAUAUUUAAUUUGCCAUUGUAGGAUCUGAAAUUAAAAAUUAGUGUCUUAAUAUUUCUGUACCUGUUACAGGAUGAUUACCUGUUACAGGUAAGUUGCACAAUUAAUGGACAUUCUCUAUAAAGUCAUGCAGCUUUCUGAGGCUCUGCACUGCAUCUUGGCGAUACAAUUACCUGUAUGACAAGUUGCUUCAAGCUGGCUCCCAAAAGAACAGUAGCGUCACAGUGUGCUCGGAACAGCUGCCUUGCCAACAGGCUCUUGUUUCUGUGUGCAAUCGGAGGCUAAUGGGCAUUCCUGUAUCCACACUGCAGCCUUCCAACAGAAAUCGAGAGGCCUACAGGACAUGCGAGAGUAACUAACCUGCGCAAACUCUGUAUUCUGUAGAGCAGCUUUCUUUUCCAAAAUUGGGAAAAGCUUUCUUAAACAUACAGGAACUGCAAGGCUUUUAACAUAUCGUUCAAGCUCUGUACCAGGUGUAAUGUGAAAGUGAAGCUUGCACAACAAACUCUUCUUCUUGUAGCUCUUAAUACACUUUUCUGCCCUGCUUGUGUUGAACUCUUAGCUUUACCCACCCCGGACUGUUUUGUUCUGUAGAUUGCCUUCUGCUUAGAAGUGACAUCUCUGGACUCGUGGUACUUUCUAAGUCUGUGUCAUUCUGGCAGACUUGCAUAUAGUGCAACAGAGUUGUUUUUUAAGGUUUAGAUACCUAAGUGCCGAAUGUAGGUUGAGCUGCUACUUAUGUCAUAUUUAUCUUAGAUUUGCAGUCAAUGAAAGGUCUGUGAAGAAAGAAGCUUAGCUGUAAAGUUUUCUAACCUUACAGUGAGGUAACAAAAAACUUAAAAAACUGACUGCGUGUUUUGGGGGCUACUAAAAUGUAACUGUUGCUGUAAAGUAAACCUAUGUUAUACUGAUUUUAACAUUUAGAUUAACAGAGGUAAGAUUUAAACAAACAAACAAAAAGCAGUAGUAGGUAAGGACAGCAUGACUUGGGUACUGCAGAUAUAGCUCAAGUCAGAGACUGCUGAAAGGAAACAGAUUAAGGAUGAGAACUAUUGUAAAACUUGCAAAGAUCAAGGGGGCUUUUUUGUGCUUAACAGACCUUGACUGUGUUUUCCCCUUUGUUUCC